AUGUCUAAUUCUGGAAAUGAAACCAGUGCUGGAGAGAGCCGUGAUGGAGAGAAGCGUGAUGGGGAGAUCAUUGUGAAGGGAAAUAGGGAAGAGUCGAAGUACAUGUUGGAUAUAAUUGUUUCAGAUCCACAGAAACGGAGUCCCGAUAAUGGUUCUUCGUCAUAUGUCACGUACCAGGUGUCCACAAAAACGAAUAGACCAUCAUAUAUCAGGAACCAUCAAUCAUCUGGCGGUGAUGAGGAAGAAGGAGGAGCAGAGGAGGUAUUAGUUGUUGUCCACAGACGGUUCAGUGACUUUGAGCUGCUUUACCAUGUCUUACUGAACGACUAUCCUACAUGCAUUAUACCUCCUCUACCUAACAAGAAGAUAUUCCAAUACAUCGCCGGCGAUCGCUUCAGUAACAGUUUUACGCAGAAGAGAUGCCAUAGUCUUCAAAACUUCCUGAGAAGGAUUUCCAAACACCCGAUGCUGAGCCAGUCCAAUAUGCUAGAGUUUUUCUUGAUUAGCAGUGACUGGGAAGUGUACAAGAAGAAACUGAAUGGAACGUUUUCCAACGUGAUCCAUAAUAACAACAAGGAGGAGAUGACUGAAGUGAUCAUGAAUGCGUUCAAGUCUGUACACAGCCAGAAUGAAAUGUUCGUUGAGAUCAAGAAGAACACUGAGAAGUUCGAGAGCAACAUUUCCAAGAUCGACAAGACGUUUUCGAAGAUAGUGAAGAAAAAUGAGCUGAUAAUCGACGACUAUUUCAAAGUUCACUCGAACUUCAAGGACUUGCAAGAGGUGAUGACAGGGGAGGAGCCAGAGGGCAACUCACUGCCCGAGAAGAUCAAGACCUUCAACAGCGGUGUGAUCAAGUUGUCGUACAGUCUGAACGAUUUGAACAAGUUUUACUCCUUCGAGUUUCUAACUGACAUGCGCAACCUCGAGCAAUACAUCAACAGUUUGAAGUCGCUGAUCAAACUGAAAGACCAAAAACAAAUCGACUACGAGGAGCUCAGCGAGUACUUAUCUAAAUCCUUGCACGAGCGCGACACGUUGCUACGGACGUAUUCGCACGGAUCCGGUGGUGGCGACAUGGCUGGCGCCAUUGGUGGUCACACCAAUGGCAGUGGCGGCGGCGGCGGUGCCGCCGCCGCCAUCUCUACCACCACCGACGACGAGGACGCCCACGCCAGCCACCGCGGCUCCACUACCAAAACAAGGAGCAAGUACCUACUGUCGACAACGAACAAUUUCAUCACGAACAAACUAGAAGAGAUAGCGGGAUUCAACCAAGAACAAAUCAAACGUGACAAGCUGAAGAGCCUCGAGACAAAAAUCGAGAGUCUGACGGCGGAGGUGCGCACCAGCAAAAUCGUCACCGAAGAAUUCGAAGCCGAAUGCCUUGAAGAGAUCAAGCUAUUCGAGAAGAUCAAAAACAAUGAACUGCGACAAUCAUUGAACAACCUGGUCGACCACAACCUCCAGUUCUACGAGGAUAUGCACAAGACAUGGUCCACCAUCAACAGCUCCUUGCAAAGCCACUCCUAA